AUGUUCAUUGUGACAGCCUUAUGCGCUGCCCUUGCGGUCGGUCGAGUUUCAGCCUUUACAGAAGAGGAUGUGACCGUGACAGUCACGACCACUCGCACUCAUGUAGUGUGUCCAAGGAGCACACUGCCACCACAUUGUGACAUAGGACAUCCAGGACAUCUUUCCAAUCGUCCUGCUCCGACCAACAGUGAUCUUGGACAUCCGGGACACCCCUCCUAUCGCCCUGCUCCGACCAAUGAUGCCCUUUCCCAGAGCGAUUUUGGCAGCUGGGAAGACUGGGCCACCUCUUCUGUGUUGUCAGCCCCUAGUGCCGGUCCCACCGAAAGCCUUUCACCGGGCAAAGACUGGUUGGAUUGGGAUUUGAGCAGCUCAGGAGUAAAUCCUGGUCUGACUUCAUCCUCGCGCUGGGUGCCUGGACAUCAUACCACUGCCCAACAGAGUAGCCCAACAUCAAAAGACAGAACAAUAGGACCAAUUCACCAGAGCAGCAGCAGUUCUUCUGAUCCCGCUUCCUCGGUUUCGACCUCCACAUCCAUCACUAGCCGGCUGCCAGCAGAUCAUACAACCACCCGGCGGCGAAGCUCACGGUCAACCAGCAGUACAACAGCCCGCAGUUCAUGGGGCAGCAGCCUUUCUGCCGUUUCCAGCUCUUCGUUUUCGACCCAGACCUCGAUCGCGACCUCGAGUUUGCCGUUUGAAGAUCAUACAACCUCCUCACAGAGUGGCGCAGCAUUGACCACCCAAAUCACCUCGCUCUGGUCCAGCACCACCAUUCUUGUCACGCCAACUUCUUUGAGUUCGACCUCCAGUGCCACCUCAGCUUCAACGUCCAUUUCGUCUUCCACGUCCACUACUGGCUUGACGCACACUUCUGCCUCGACGUCUACUUCGGCCGCUACCCCCAGUUCCGCCUCGACGUCCACUGUAUCUCAGUCAUCUAGUUCAACGGCUCUGACGACCCCAACCCAGACAACUACAGUGAUAUCAACUACAUCCAGCUCUAGUAUCACCUCGCAAACGUCAUCAGCACCCUCGAGUUUCACUACUUCGACUCGAACGUCCUCUUCGAUAUCUACAACGGCGACGACGUCAACUUCUACCCUCCCUGAACUUACACCAGACCCAGCGCCAACUGCGGUAACUGGUGAUGGCAGUUUCUACAUCGCUUUGACAAGUAACGAUCCUACCAGAAGACAUAAACGAGCCACUACCUUUAUGGGAUUUUCAGGCACAAACGCCAUCGUGGUGACCGACGAGUCCCUGGCAUGGCCACUAAAGCUGAGUUCCGGCAGCCAUAUUCUCGGCUUCAGCGGAAAGUCUGGAUAUGUUGGCACUGACAGCCAGAAUGUGGCCGGGCCGGUUCGACGAGUCAGUGAUGAUCAGACAUACGCUCCUAAAUAUUUCAUGGGUUGGAACAUCGAUUCCCAAACCGGUGCCGUCACUUUCGGUAAUGCACAAUUCUGCACCCUGACCAACGGCCAGAUCUAUACCUACUGGGACGGAGUUCUCCCUGAUGGAUGCGAUGCUGUUACAGUGACUCAAUAUUCACUUCCGCCACCUGUCGCCGAUGAGAGCAACACCGUGGAUGGAGUCUUCCAAAUCGAGGUCGAAGGUCUAAGCUCCACGUACUAUGUUGCCUUCUGUGGCAGCUACCAGGAUGAGCCUCGAAUCUGUAAUUACGGGGCAGUGUUCACCAUGAGUAUUGGUCAGGUCACCACAAGGAACGGCACAGGAGGUUGGCUUGUAGCGCCGACAGACUCGGUGUACGUUACCACGCCUCAAGCGUUGACCGUUGUCUCCAGUCUCUCGACAGACCCAGUUUAUAACCGCUGGAUUGUGGAUUCCGAUGGCUACCUCCAAAUGCCUGCGGUAGGUUCCAGCCCUGCGGCAAGCUUCAGUGGCAGUGCCGGUGGUAUAGUUUACUACCAAUUCAACGGAGCAGCCAGCUCUAUCAAAUUGAGGGUGAGGAAGUUGUCGUCUGCUACCUCUACUACUUCUACAUCUUCCCUCGUGGUGACAACCCCGGAUGCGACGACAACCUCGACAACCUUGACAACAACCACGACAACCAGCAUUGUAACCACUACAACUCACCUCACCAAGCCGGACUUCACACUCACAGUCACUGACGUUCAAUCAGCAACCUCGCCAGGGCUGCCCGCCCCAACGGACACCACUCGUUAUCCAGGUUGCAAGACGGGUGCAAACCCGGCGUAUUGUGGAACCGAAGUGACAGGCACCGGUCUAUACGAAGCAGAGUACACUGUCUACUGCCAUGAAUUCUGGUCGGGCGGCCUCUCGACCGAUCCAGUCAACGACGCAAGCUAUCUCCCGUCCCAGGGCUGGAAUGCUGACAGCUUUGAUGAUUGUCUGCAGAUGUGCGACAAUGCUGCCGACUGCGUGGCCAUUACUUUCUCGUCCAAUACUCAGUGCACAUCAGCCAACUGCAGACUCCUAACCGACGUACGGGUUAGAUAUACCGACGGGGCGCUCAACGACUACAGCAGCUGGGAUAGUGCUGCUCUCGGAGAUGCAGUCCAAGGUACAGAGCCUCAAUCGACUUCGACCAGCACAACAACGACCGCCGAAUCCACCCUCACAAGCUCCACGACUACAACCUUGGGAUCUACGACUGCAACGCCCACAACCACAACUUCUUCUGUUUUGGGGUCUACUAGUAGUGGAUCAAGUUCAACUUUGUCCUAUGGAAAUUCGUCUUCUACCAGCACUACGAACAGUCAGGUCACAUCCACUUCAGCCUAUUUGUCGACGACGACUACCAGCUUGCCGACAACUACUUCAGUAACCCCGAGCACCACGCUUGCAACCACUACAUCUACCAGCACCACCACCACCACGACACCAGCAACACCUUGCAACGCCGGCGGUGCUCACCCGACCUUCUCACUCGUAAGCUCCGGCAGCUCCGCCUUUCCCGACGGCAGUGUCGCGGUCGUUGUGCCCAGCGGGACGCCAUCGUACCCAUUCGACUAUGUCGGGUUUGACUCCCCGUCAUCAUCCGGCACACUGUUCACGUUCGAUGACCAAGGCCGACUCAUUGACCUGACCGACGGCAACAUCGCCGCGGUUCCCAGCGGUGGCUCAGGCGCCGCAAGUUUUCUUUUCGCCCCUCAGUCUACUAUGAACAAUCUGGGCUUUCAGAGUCCUUCCUGCGGGUUAUAUUGCCCGGAAUCUGGAGUCGGUCGACCUAUUCUAGCGUGCAGUGUCUACGGGUAUACUCUGUUAGCAACACAAGUGGGCUUCCCGUACCUGGCCAUUGCCAACUAUCGCCCUGCUGAUGCGGUGCCGAUUACAUUGGAGGCAGUCAUCGUGGGGCAAUCUAAGAGCGGCACGACGAGUACUCCUAGUCAAUCCUCUACCACCUCUGGCAUUGCCACAUCGACAACUACGGCAGAUACGUCAACUACUUCCGCAGAGACAUCCACUACUCCGGCCGAGACGUCAACAACGACAGCAGAGACAUCAACCACUUCGGCAUCCACAACCACAACCACGACGACCGAACUAGGGCCCCAACCGCCACCAGCCGCGGCCACUACCAGCUCCACUAUCGGUGACGAUCAGACUUCUUUCGAUUCGCCUACGACAAGCACGACACCGACCACCACCACCAGUACCAGCUCAGACACUACGACUACGACUACAACUACAACCACUACCACCUCAGAGACCACGACCACGACCACAACUACAACCAGUACAACCACGACUACAACACCUCCAGUAAUCACCACCGCCGUCCCCACCGGGCUAGCACCACCUUGA